AUUUAUUUAUCUAGUAAACAAAGGAAUUCUUACAAUAAUAUACAAAUAAGAUUUAAUAGGAUUUAUAAUACAUGAAAAGCAUGCCUGUAGAAUUGAAUAGUCUCACGGAAGGAUGGCUAGAGCUGGAGAGCGACCCCGGUCUGUUCACUUUACUGCUAGAAGAUUUCGGCGUCAAAGGCGUGCAAGUCGAAGAAAUAUACGAUCUGCACAAACCAUUAGAGAGUCCAGUGUAUGGUUUCAUAUUCUUAUUCCGAUGGAUAGAAGAGAGGCGGUCGCGUCGCAAAUUUGUCGAACAAAUAGAAAGUUUUGUGCGCGAUGAGGAGACAAUUAACAACAUAUUUUUCGCUCAGCAAAUGGUGCCCAAUAGUUGUGCUACACACGCGUUACUAUCUAUAUUACUCAACUGCCCCAAUCUACAUUUAGGAGAGACUUUGAGUAGGUUAAAGCACCACACAGUAGGAAUGAAUCCCGAGAACAAGGGGUGGGCUAUUGGCAACACUCCAGAGUUAGCAUGUGCUCACAAUUCUCAUGCUAUUCCACAAGCCCGCAAGAAGACAGACAAAAAUGCUGUGGUCCCUACAGGACGCUUCACUGGUGAAGCAUAUCACUUUGUCAGCUUUGUACCCAUCAAUGGGCAUCUAUUUGAAUUGGAUGGGUUGAAACCAUUUCCUACAGACCAUGGGCCCUGGGCCACUGACGAGGACUGGACAGAUAAGUUCCGGAGAGUCAUGGCUGAGAGGUUAGGCAGAGAUGCGGGGGAACAGGUCCAUGAUAUCAGAUUCAAUUUGAUGGCUGUGGUGCCAGACCGAAGAAUUGCCAUAACACAGAAACUGAAUGCACUUGAAGUCAACCAGAAAAGAGUAAAGGAUGCCAUCUCAAAAAUAGGAAAACAUUUGAGGCAUUUACUUGCGAAAAAUAGAGAUAAUGAGCAACCAGAAAUGAAUCCAGAAUCAAAUGAAAGUUCAUUACAAGAUAAUGAAAUGGAGUUCAGUGAGAGGACCAUCCUAUUGGCUUUAGAGCAGGCGCAGUCUCAGCUGUAUGACAUAGAUUACACACAACCAGUGUACAUAGAGAUUGGCCCCACGGAUAGGCAGAACCAAGAUACUAGUUUUAUUUUAGCGGACCCUGUUGAGCAGGGAGAAGUGGUGAAGUUUUUCACCCUAAAUCGGGACAGUCAAAUACUUGGAGAUAUUUACCCCACAUCCAUCACAGCCCUAGUGAAGAGCAACGACACGCCCAUCCUAGCUUACUGCGAGGUUGCGCCCGAAGAGCCGUUCAAACCGCGCAAGGUGCUGUUCACUCACGCGGAGCUGAACGCACUGAUGAGCUGCAUCGUGGCCGAGGUACAGCUGUGUCAGCAGGCGCUCAAUGAUGAGAAUGACAAGAGGGACAUGUAUAAGGUGGACGACUGCCGUCGCACGCACAACUACGACGAGUUCAUCUGCACGUUCCUGUCCAUGCUGGCGGAGCGCGGGUCGCUGGCGGAGCUGGUGGCGGCGCAGCUGGAGCGCGGGCGCGCGCCGCGAGUGCGCCGGCGCCGCGCCCGGCCCCGGCCGAGGGUGCGGGCCAGUGCGCGCUCAAGGAAGUGACACGGCAGACUACUGUAGUCUCUAGUACUACUACUACUACUAGUAUAUAUUUUUGAUACCGCCUGUUUUCGCCCCGUCAUUUUCUGAUAUUAUGUUAGCUGUAGUUUUCCAUCACAGAAGAGUCCUUAAGCUUCAAGUGCGAUAAGGUCUUUUCUGUCUGAAAGUUAAAAGAAAUUCCAACAAAAAACGUCAAAUAAUACGAAACCUGAGUGACUUCAAGUAUGGACUCGCGGGUAAAAGCGAAAAUGGUGCUAGACCGCCAGGUUUUCAUCUCUAUUUCUGUAAUUCUGUUACUUUUACUGUUCUCUGCGUUCUCGCUCUUUGAGAAUUUCUUCUUUGUCUAUAUGUUUCCUUAUAACGACAAUCAUUUAAGCUUUAAUUUAUUUAGCAAUAAAUAUUAGAUAAGUUUGUUAUAUAUAUAGUAAUUUCAGAGCAACUUUUUAUAAUUACUUUUGGCAAGUCACUAUAAGCUUUAAUUGUAAGUCUAAUUUAACAAAAGAUGAAUAAAUAAAACAAACAUAUUAAAAACGAUUUUUAUUAGUAUACUACGAACAGCGCCGUAUUUACAUGGUCGUCAUAUUGUUAAAGAAAUGUAACAACAACAACUAUUAUUGAUUGCUUAGGCACAUACUUCAUCUAACAACUUCCUUAAAAGUUAAGUAACAUUCAAUUGUUAGUUAUGGGAGAAGCUUAUUAUUUAGGAUACAUGGUAUGAUUGUUACACCUGCAAUGGUGCUUACUUCUUGGUAAAACUAUUCUCGGCCCUUAAAAUUCGAUAAGCAUAAGCUUGUUUAUUUAUUACAAUAAUUGGGAUGCGCUAAAAUAUUGAGAUACCGUUUAAAAUUACAUAAUUUGGUAUAACUUUAUAAAAAUCAUCAAGAAAAUACAGUGUGGUCUCAUUCGCAUUUGUUUGUGUAUAAAUAUUUUCAAUUGACAGUUCCAUUGGUUUA